AUUCCUGUGUGUCUGGGCCGUGAGGAGGAGCAGCAGGAGGAAAGAAAAGGGAAGAGAGCCUGCUGGGAGCUGCCUGUGGACCCCUGAACCAAAGAGGAGAUGAUAAACAACAACAACAAAAACACCAACACAAACGGGGCUCGGCUACAAUCACAUUUCCUCACAUAACCCACAUUCAUCCCCUGAGUCAGCACCGACAGGACGCGUCUCUAUAUCUGACUUAUUUCUUCUGUUUUUGUUAAAGUUGUUGGGAACUUUUUGACGGAUUUUCAGCCGGGGGUUUGUUUGGUCUGCAGCCCGCAACGGAACUUUUACUCUACUGGAGGAGACAACGACACAGCAACACAACCUCCAAAGAAAGAGACACGUAGAUUUGUGUCAAAUCAUGGAAAUCCUGGACAGUACUGAACAGUUUCUUCACUGGGACAGGAACCUGAGUGAGCUGUCUGAGGCCGGGGAGGGCGACUGUGUGCUUUACACCAACGUGAGUAAUCGAUUAAAGUUGAGGAAGCGAUCGAUUAAUCGAUAAUGACCCGAAGACAGACCGUGCAUCUACUUAGUUGUUGAGAACAUAUUUUACUUUUUGGCGACUAUGUUUGACAGGAGGGGGGAGGUAUUGAGUCCAGUGUGUGAUAGUGUAUGUGUGUAUACGUGUGUGUGGUACCCAGCUCUCCAUUCACAACUUGGUCCUUGGGAUCCAGGAUGCAACUUCCAUAUAUUUACAUUUUCUCAUCUCUUUGUAAAAACAUAGUAGUACUUUUUGGACAGUCUAUUUGCAAACACUUAAAGUUAAUUUCAACAUAGAUUAGACUAAGGAGCAACAUUUUUAAUAGAUUAUUGCUCAAAACUGCAUCUUUUUCAUCAAAAGUGAGACCUAACCUAAAAAUUCUCACCAGAACAAGUCAGUGUUCAUAUCAUAUUAUCAUGUCAUGUUAAUUUGUGUGACAAAUAAGACCAAAAAUUAAGGUGGAGACGCGAUAACAAACUCCUGCAGAGCAUAGUUAUGUCUUUAAAUAGUUUUUUCAGUCCAAAAUCUUAAAUGUUUUGCAUCAGAUCUGUUUUUGAUCACAUAAAACUUCAAAAAGUCACAUUUAAAAAGCCAAAAGUUAUAUCUAUAUCACUUUCCUUCUGUAAUUUGAUAAAUUACAGUGCAUUGGGGUUGACUUUUUUUUUUUAAUUGUCAUUUUGAUGGGCAGAUUUUCCUUUUUCAUAGUUCAGCAUCACCAAAAGGUAACCACAUUUUGACACUGUACUCAUUGUUUGUAAAGGAAUGUAUAGGUUUGAGUUCAACCAUCCUGAUGUAAAGGGCCAUCUUUGUAGUAGAUUGAUGCUUCACAUUGAAUGCACCUCACUAAUGCUCGUGACACUUUAGGGGUUAAAAAAAAAAACACAGUAAGAGUUUUAACCCAUCUUCAUUUAGUGAAAAUAAAACACCUGAAGAAGUCCCAGAGAAAGUCUGGUAGUCCGGAAGGUGUACAGACAUUUAACAGUGACAUCUGAGACGCUUGCCUAUCUCCUAGCACCAGACAAUCAGCCUUUAUCCCAGUCACCUUCAAAAUAAAACUCCUAGUGUGCUCCCAGUUACUAAUAAAUGCGUCGAGUGCACACUUCUCUUUAGACAUUACAUAGUUUUCAUUUGACAUCUGCCUUCUGCACAUUGAAAUGUGUAAUUACUUCCAGAUAUGAUUGAUUUGGCUCUUUGGAUUAUGUUAAAUGAGUUUAUAUCUUGUCCAUCUGUGGUGCAACUUUGUGUUUUGACAUUGCAUUAACAUAAAUCAUGCAAUCAUUCAGACACAGAGUGCAUCAAAUUUAUUUUCAAGAACUGUCUAGAAACUUUACAUCAGCUCACCAGCAACUCAAAUACCGACAUUUUCUUCAAUCUGGAGCAGCACAAAACAGCAGAAUAAUAGAAGAGAUAAUAGACUUCUGCAAAAAUGAAUGAUCACAAAGACACAGCGAGCUCCCCCUCAGUACAGUGAAAUGGCCUUUUCGCCUUCAGUUAUGUAACUUUGGGUUUUCAGCCAUAUGUGUCUCUGUUGCUCCAAGAGGAGACCGAGUGUGUGUGUGUUUGUGUGUGUGCGAUUGUGGGGGAGAGCAUUCAGGUUUAUGGGGAGAAAAUCCAGCUGGCUUGCAGGACGGGAAUCAGACACCACAGAGGCCUACUGAGCCCGACACACUCACACUCACACUCAGAUACCUACAGACAGGUAAAGACUUGUGUUGUCGAAGUGUUCAGGCUGUGAAUGAAGGACCUUUAAAGAAGUCCUCGGGCUAUAAUUCCUGUCAGAUUCCAGCAGACAGAAUCAGACCAGAGAUCUGCAGCCUUUUUUGUCUUUUAGAGGAUUGAUUUGGACCAAGAGGAGAAGUUUCAGGAUUAUCCAGCUGACCAGCAUUAGUGAAGUGAUCACAGCAAAGAUAGCAAUCCACAAGGAAACUAAAGUUAAUGAGCUAAUUAUGAAUGAAUUAGUUUGAUGAUCUUUAAAUGUCAGCAAAUAAAGAAAGACCACCAGUGUUUCCCAAAUCCAAAGAUUAUUUCCACAGAGAUUGGACAAAAUGUUGAAGAUGUUUCUUCCUCAAACAAUUACUCACUUUGGUCAAUUAUUAAAAUACUUGUCAAUGGGUUCAUAAUUGAAAAACAAUUUCCUGGUUGGAAAGAAACUUGAAUUUUUUGCAGCUGUGUACUUUUACUCAUGCCUCAAAUCAUAAAUAUGGCUGAAACGUCAAAGAAGAGACUGAAGUCACAGACAGAUUUGUAUACGAAAGACCAAGCAGAUAUAACUGCAGUUACAAUUUUUCGCCAGAGAGGACGCCAAAGAUGACAAAACAAAGACCUUCAAAACAGUUACUUUGUUUUAAAGAGAUGUUACAAAGUACAAAUCCAAAGGAACAAAAACAAAUAUGACGUUCAGAUAAUGACAAACAAAACAAAGUAUACAUCAGUAUGCAGCAGACCGUUUUCCGCAGCUACACAGGUGUCGCCAAAGAGGACCAAAUGCAGGUCUCUAAAAUAGUUAAAGUGGCCGUAUAACAGAUAUUUUUUUUCUCAUUAGAUGAAAAGUAUUGUUAAAAAAAGGAAAGACAAACAGUUUUGAACCAAAGUAAAUACAAUGAGUGCAACAAAGUAACGUGCAAUGACUGCUUGUUGCCAGAGAGGGCACCAAAGAUGACGAAACAAAGAUCCUCCAAAUGGCAAAACAAUCCAAGAAUAUAUUGACGUAGAUAGAGAGUAAAGCUUAUAAAAAUAGAAACCCUUCUGAAAAAUCAAAGCAACAGAAGAAAUUUGAAGUUAGAAUUAAGACACACACAAAAAAAUACAAAAAUAAAGUUUAAGACAACAGGGGAAAAAACAUCAGCUGCAGUUGUUGCAAACAGAUGUAUAACUACAGUAUUUUUGUUUUUCUGUAGAAAUAACACAAUCAACUUGAACAAAACAAACAAUGCAAAUUCCUCUUCACAUUGUUGUUAUUUAAAGCACUGGCUGAGGUGUGGGCAUGUUUUCAAGUCUUUGUGUUGUUAAAUGCCACACGUGCAAAAGGUGACUAACUUCAUACCUUGGACUUUCACUCGCUACAAUAGCCAGGUUGUGUUGAGAAGCAGGACCAAGAUGCUCCUGAGUGGGGUGAUUAGUCUAUAUAUAGUAGAGCAUGAAUAGUAUGAGUAGAAGUAUGUGUGUGUUAGUGUGUGUGAGGGUGGGGAAUGCAUGAAUGUGAGCACCAACAGGGCUGUAGUGUUCCAGCAUCUCAGGCAGACUGAGGAACAGACUGGGGUCUUUGUUGGGUCGGGUCUCACUUUCUCUCUCUCUCAGGGGGUUUGUUGACGCAGGAUUCCUCACAACAAUGUAAAGCCUCUCACUCGGAGCAUGUGUGGGAUCCUGCGUCUUCCAUCAUCUUCUCUGUCUCUGCCAUGCCAAAGCCUCCAAUCUUGAUCAAGUUCUUCAGGUUUGAGAAUAAUGCGCAUGAGCGUGAAGGUGGAGUCCUCUUUCAUUCUUAUUGAACAAUCCUCUCUGAUGUUGUUGUUCAGGAGGACUUAAAACAGACGUGUUUGUAUGGCACGAGUGUCUAUUUUGGGAAAGGCAAACAUUCAGUGAAUGUAAGAGUACAGUUCAAUCUAUCACACUGGACUCAGCAACAUCUGAGUUCUUCAACAGUUUUUCAUAAACCAAACCCUGUUUGGCUCAGUGAAUAUUUAACAUUAUAUAUUGUACAUGAAUGGAUAAUAGGAAUUUCAAUCACACUCAAAGAUCUUGUCAAUCCUGUUUUUUGCGUUGAAGGUAGGGUUUUAAUUGUUUCCUCUGACUUUGAUGGGUUGAUACUAACUUCUACUCCAGUUAGUCAAACUAGGUCACUGAUUUGUAUUUUAUAAGUUAUACUUGUCUGUAUGGAUCUGUUUUAGGACUCCUGGGCAGGGGUGUUGGUUGAAUAAUGACAGGCACUCAUUGCAGGUAGAAGCCCUGGAUGAAUGACUUUAUAGUGGGCCCAAACUUUAGUGCAGAAUCCCUACGCCUGUGUGAACCCUUUAUUGCCUUUUAUAUCAUAUUUGAUACAUACUUUUAUGAUACUUCUAUUAAAUCAAAAUGAUCAACAAAUUACUAAAAAAACACCCAAUACAGUCUGAUAAAUGAUCAAAAUGUCCUCUUGUGGUUUAUCAGUUCCCAAAAACAUCUAAUGUAUCAAACGAGAUAAAUAUAUAUUUGUUCAAUUUUAAGGACAUUUUAAUUUUGGGUUUUCAGUAGUAAGUGAAAUAAACAUUUCAGCUCCAAAAAAAUUGAAUUUUCUAGCCAUAACUUAUGGUUUCGGGCUUUAAAAGGUUAAGAUCAGGUGAUAUACUGUGAGCCGAACUUGACAUUUUGGCCUGUCUGGACUAACACUGCUCAAAUUCAAGAAACUUCUGCGUUUACAGUUGUUUUUGAGAGUAGGGCUGUCACAUCACUAGAGUUUCAAAUUUAGAUACACCCUGUGUAAAAAUUAAACUGUAUGUGUACCUACUUGGAUUAGAGAUAGGCUGAUUGUUGAAUUUCACCAAAUGCCAAAAGAAGAAAGAAACAGUGUCAUCGGCUUUAUUGUUGCUCAUUGAAAAACUGAUACUCUCUCAUAUACCAGGGCAACCAAACUUAAACUUCUGGGCAUCCACAAGUGUGUAUCUUUUUCUUUUGUUUCUACACUGUAAAUAGCACUACUUCUGAAAGAGUGACUGAACAUAGUUUCACACUGGACAUCCUGAUAAAUAACAUCUGAUUUUCUGUUUCACUACUUUGGUUUCAUUCGCUGCUCUCACUCUCUUCACUUUAUCUCCAUGUAAGUACACCACAGUAGCUCUCUUUGUAUUACACCAACUUUGGGUCGAAAAUAUGACUAUAAACUUUCCCCUGGUACUUUCCGAUACUAUCUAAUGUACAAAAAACCCAAGUCAUACAGUUUUAGAGCAGUUGAACUGAAAAGAGCUGAUAGUUGUACUUUUUAUUUAUUAUUAUGGUUGCAGUGGGUAUUGGUGGUGGCAUAUUAUGAGCCCCUUAUUAUAUUUCCCUCCUCAUGCAUGUCAAUGAAAUGGCCAAUUAUCACAAACACAUCUUUUGGUCUCCUCCAGAUCUCCAUUUCUACUUCCUGACUCUUUUGUUGCUACAGAAUAGUUUGGUUUUGAAAGGUGUGUAAAUGCAAAAGUUUUUAGUGAAGCUGCAUUAGAGAAAAGAUGAACCAGAUCAUGUUGUGCGUCAUUGUAAAAGUAUAUUUGGAUUCGUCUCCUGGGAGGACAGGUAGGACUGAUAAAUAUUUGCAUGUCGUUGCAGACGUAGGAUUAUAAUUGAGAGCUAAGAAAGAAGUUGGGUGACGCAGAUGAAAGAUUUUAAAGUCUACGCAAGGAAAAGUCAGUCAAUUCGGACGAUUCCACGAGAUCUGGUUGGUAUUUCAACUGAUGUGCAAAAUAAAAGUCACUUAAAAGACUCUUUUAAAGCUGCCCGUGUAGUUUGGUGUCUUAACCUAACUCCACAUGUAAUAAGUAAUGUUUUCCUGAUUCUAGUUUUCCUGAUUAAAGUUGAAAAUCUGCAGCACGUACAGAGAGACGCUCUCUGUGAGUCGCUUCAGGAAAUAGACAGGAACAGCAAGGGAAGAGGCCCAAACUUCACCACCACUUCAUGAACUCACUCAUACUGUCUUCCAAAAAAUGUUGGCGUGGUUUUCAGCACAUGGUGUGCUCGCAGAGAGAGGAGAAGAGUAUAUUUGCUCUGCACAUGCUUCAGGGCUCUCCAACUAUGAGUGUGCUUACAUAACAUACGACAAACCUGCAGAGAAAGACUCUCCUCUGUCUACAGAUUAAACUUGCGCUUAAAUUCAGGAGUUUUAUUGGGAUAUAUAUGAAGGUUUUAUGGCUCAGUACACACUUCAGAAUGAGGUUUUAAAGUCAGUCACACAGUGGAGGGUAAGAGGCUUGAUCCAUGUGUUCACAGUGUGGAGCCUGUUCUCCGUUAGGGCAGGGCAUCCUGCUCGCUGGUGGCCUCACUCUGUCCGUCUGAAUGAUCCAUGUGUCCACACUCACACACUCACACACCCAGCAGACCUGUUUUACACAGAAAAUAAAUAAGUGACGACACAAUGAGCGCACUUUUAUCGCAAAUAAAACAUUGAGAGCCUCUUCAUGGCCAGAGUAAAUUUCAGUUUGGCUCAUGUUCAGGUUUUUCAGAUAUCAUAACAAGAGCAGCUUCAGUGUGUAUAACUAACCUCGAGCGUCACAGGAACACACCUGUAUUACAAUUAGGGACACGGUGUUAUUACUGCAGGUGUGGUGCCGGAUCUUCAGGUUAACUCGAGAGUUGACUUUAUGAAGUAGUUUACAGCUAAUUUAAGGCUCAAGACAUUGACUUUGAAGAAAUAGAUGAAGUAAAUCACACCUCUGAUUGGGAUUUAGAAAAACGACAAAGGUUCUGGUUGUUCAGGCUUGAGUUUGAUGUUGUUUAGGGAAAUUUUCUCUCAUUUAUUCAUGCCGGUUAUUGACAUUUUAGUGUAAUUUGCUAACUUGUGAUGGAUUGUUUGGAAGUUGGUGCCAAAACUUUGGAAAAGUGAUGCUGUCAAAACUUUACAUUUUAAGCACUUUGAGUACCCAUUAGCCUUGUCUUCACUUGGCGAAAAAGACUUGUUUUGAGCAUUGUCUUGCUAACAUCUGAAGCUACAAUGAGGAAAAUUGUAAAAUUGACACCUGCAAGGUAUUAUAGCCUGAAUUUUACUAUUUUUAGCAUGUUAGCAUUAGGGCCUGACCAAUUUGUGUUUUUUGGGGCCGAUGCUGAUACUGAUUAUUAGGGGGGGAAAAAAUCUGAUUACCGAUUAAUCAGACGAUUUUUUUUUUUAAAUUUAUGAAGUUAUAAAAAAAUACAUAUAUACUGUAGAUAUCUACAGUAUAAAUCUACAGUACUAUAUACUGUAGAUUUACUGUAGGCUACUGCUCUUCAUGCUGACUGGAAGACCUGACUGAUCAAACUCGAACUAGUGGAUGAAGACUGUCAUGAGGUCGCUGCGGCAUCUGGAUAAGUCAGGGAACUUUUCAAAUGGCAGAACAUUUUUUAAGUGAAACCGAAUCUUGUUCUCUGCAUUUUAUUUCUGAAAAUAUCGGCAAAAAUCGUUGAGUUUUGGCUUGUUACCAAUAAGUCUCAAACGGGCUAAAAUUGGCCGAUUUAAUCGGCUCGCCGAUAAAUCAGUCGGGCCCUAGUUGGCAUUUAACUAUGACUACCACGGUGGUUUGCUGAUUUAUAUGAAGGCUAGCAUCACUGUUUGUACUUAGUAUUAUUUGAACAGUGAAUUUACUUAGCUUAAUAUGUAAUAUGGACUAACCCUUUCUCUCUAGUCUUGUCAGAAUCCACAUUUUUAUCAGCUUUAACUUUUAUCUGUUUCCUAUCUUCUUUAUCACUUCAGCAUUUCUCCGAUUGGAGCCACCUUCUUGAGUUCAACACGUGCGUCGUAAAAAGUCAAAGCCGUCCACAGAUGGUGCGCACAUGAACACGGAGGACACAUUUUUCUCUUUUCUUUUCUGUAUCUGAUGCAACUUCUUCUCCCGACUCUGAAAUUGGAUUCAGUGUCAAGUUUUUCGAAGACAGGCAGGCAGGCAGGCAGGCAGGGAGGCGAGCAGCCAUUUGAGAGCAAAGUGAAGGUAGUAAUCAGAGUGUGAGGGAUCAUUAUGGAAAAUCCACAGGAGCCUUCAUUCUUUGAGGCUAAGCUAAAUUUAUCCCCUCUGUCUGUCUCUUUCCUUACUCACUUCUUUGGAUGCCUCACCCCCCUCUGCCCCACAUCUGCCCCCACUGACUUUUUGCUUCGGGCACGAUAAAAGGUUUUUAAAUGGUCGUGUGUUAGCUUGUGUGUGUGGUAAGAAGGGUGUGGGCUUUAUAUUCAUGUGUGAGUGAUUUAAACACCCAACCCUAAAAUGAGCCCUGGAGCAUUUUUUUUUUGCAGUUGAAGCUUAUUUUUAGGACAUUUUACAACAUUCAAAGAUAAGAAAGUUGAAUUUCGAGCUGCAUUUUUCAGGUUUAGGAUCCUUUUAAGGAGAGGAAAUCAAAAUAAUAUCCAUAUCAAAAGACUUUAAAGUUGCAAGAAAAACUUAUUCCUGCAAAACUUGAUUUUAAAGUUUUUGUAGCCAGACACGGGGCUUUCAGUGCGGAAAACAUGAAAGUGUUUAAAGCCUGUAAGUUCUCAUUAAACAGUAAGGCGCACAAGCCGAGAGACCGACUCAACUUUGAUGUUUUUUUUUAUGGAUUUUGUAGCUCCUGCCCCGAUUUGUGGCCUCAAAGUGUACAAUCAAGACAGAAGCCGCUCCAUCCGCUCUCUAGUUAACCUUUGACCCCUCUCUCCUGCCCUCUUCAUCCUCCUCUUCAUGUAUCUCUCCUUCAGGGUGAGCAGAAAGUCAGAGCGAGUCUGCUCCUGUCCGAAUACCAGACACUUCUCCACUCAUCCCAUUACUCCUGCUUGUUGGCCUUUUUGUUUCUUUCCCAGACUGUGUAAUCAAUCUUUGUUUUGUCUCACACUGUCCCUCUCUUUCUCUUUUCCCCCUUCACUACACUUACUAUUCAAGUCUUGUUUUCCUUUCUUAAAUCUGCAUGCAAGCUAAUUUGUUAAGUCCAUCUGUGCUAGAUUAUAACAUUUUUGCUGAGAAUAAACUCCUCUUAAAGGCAUGUGGUUCAUCUGUGGAGCUGUUCCUUCACUUGAAUUUGAAAUCGAUAGAAUUUGACAAAAUUUGUGUUGGACCUUUGGAGUUUUAAUGUUUUUGAUGAAUAAAUAACAGAAAACAGGCAAUAGAGUGACCCAAACUACCCAACCAACACACCAAAUCUGGCUCUGGUUUUAUCAUGGUAAGAAAAUCUAUAAGCAUUCUCACCUACAACCUACUGACUUAAAAAAACCUUAACUUCAUUAUCUUGUUAUCUUGUGAUUUUCUGUUUGGUCUUGUUUGCCUUGUCUCACCUCGCUGUGUCUUGUUCUUUUUCAUUGUUGUCUAUCAUUGAUGUGUUUCUUCGGACCAUUUCUGUGGGAUUCUUGUGCAAUGUGUGUAUGUGCAUUGUGAGAGGGUUGUGUGACUGUGUCUUUGUGAGGUCUAGUCCUUUGUGUCAUCAGUUGGCAGCUUUAUCUGUACAGUUCUUGGAGUCCAACAUAAAUUUCCCUAAGCGGACGAGAAAGUGUAUCGUAUCCUAUCAUAUCGUAUUGUAUUGUAUCGUAUCAUAGCGUAUCGUAUCGUAUCGUAGCAUAUUGCAUUGUAUUGUAUUGUGUCAUAGCGUAUUGUAUCAUAUUGUAUCUUAUCAUAUCGUAUCGUAUUAUAGUGUAUCGUAUCAUAACGUAUUGUAUCGUAUUGUAUCGUAUCGUAUCGUAUCGUUUCAUAGCGUAUUGUUAUUGUAUCAUAUUGUAUUGUAUCGCUGUGGACAGAAAUUUGCAUAAAAAGUGUCCAGAGACUUUAAAUGAUUGGAUAUUGUCAGUUCUGUCGCCAACAGAAACAAGAAGUGGACUUUUCUAUCCACCUGACUGAGCUUUUGUUUCCAUUUAAUUGCUGCUAAGUGUUGCAUCAGAAGUAUCUAAUAAAGUGUUAUUGACACUUUCUAGAAAUGCUCUGUAUGUCAACAGUUAGAAAAUAAAUUCCACAUGUGCUGAAAUCUUUGUAUUUUUUAAAAAUAAUUUUAUAUCAACAAGCGCCCAGUUAUGUUUUAGCCCAAGGCUACCACAAGUAUGACAGACGACAGUGGAGAAUGACAUAAAGAGGAAGUGAAGUGAGUGAGGAUGGCUAAUGAAAACAAAGACGUGAAAGACAGAAAGAAAGAAAGAAAGAAACAAGAUGUAAUUUUUUGAUUGGUUCAAAGCUGCUGCAUUCUGAAAAACAACACAAACAUAGUGGAAUUAAACCAACAUUAUUUAAUUCCAUUGGCUGUUUAACUGUCUGUAGAAGAAACUGUUAGCUCAGCAGGCGUGCUUUGCUGUGUGCUAAUAUUUACGAUCAGGGAUGAGGAUAACAGUGUUCAAGAAUAAUAAUGCUGAUCAUCAUCAAAUCAAGCUUUUCUCCUUCAACUUUCUACCUUUCUCUCCUUUUAACCUUUCCAUCUGAUGAGACAUGAACAAGCUCAUUCAUCCAUGCAAAGUUCACCGUGUCUGUGUGUGCGCGUCUGUGUGUAUAACUUGACAUUCAAGCGCGUUUCAACUUGGCAAGCAUCCGCCUCAGACAGCUCCGUUAUAGCCCAGGAAUUAAGAUCAGCGGCGCGCCCAAACAAGUUUCCCCGCAGUGUUUGCCUUUUUCCAGGGAUUAAAACUCUCACUAUGAGGUGUUCAAAGACCGGCACUGACCCAGUUUUUACCCAGCAUGCCUCUCUCCAGGAGGUGAAGCAGAGAAAAUGAAGGGCUUGAAUGAGGAGUUUGACUUCUUGCAAAUGUCUAAUUAUUUUACUAAUUUGAAGUUUCCUGACUACAGGAGAAGGAGCCUAAUGCUGCUCACUUUGGCUCUUUUGUUUAUACAUGUAAAUCAGUUGUACUUCUUUUACAUUCAGACCAACUUGGUAAUGAGCUGAUGCUGAAAACAAAUAUUUAGAGGGAUAAUCCUUCAAAGACAAAGUGAAAAUAAACACAACAAAACCGAGCUAGAUAAGUUGAGAUCAGUUUCUUUUUUCUCGUUUAAGUCUGAAGCACCUUGAAAAGUUUAACGUAACUAUUGUUGACUUAAUGUGUGUCAAACUACAAAGAGUUGAAGACAAUGAUAAGUCUGAAAAGUGAUGUUUAUGUUGGAUAAACCUAAAAAUCUGAGCCAGCAGACAGAAAAAGUGCAGGGAAUUCACCGGUUGAGCAGCAGCUCGAGGUGUUUGUGUGUACUGGUCCAUGAUGACCGGUCAGUGUUACAGGGGAGAUGGAAAAAGUUAUCCAAGAGUGUGUGUGUGUGUGCGCUGACCCACUUUGUUACGGGUAUACAGAGCAGGAUGAGAGAGAAAGAGAGAGAGAGAGAGAGGAAGAAGAGAGAUAGACAGCAGAACACAGCUGUGCUUGUUUUUGACUUGUACAGUCUGUCUGCAUCCGACAACUGUGUUUGAGUACAGGAAGUGUCAGACCAACAUUAAAUUGUGAUUUUCUACUAUAAUAUUCAGUCAAACUAAUGAUCAAAUUAAACCUCAAAAAGUGUGGUAACAGGAAAAAACAAUCACCACACAUUGUCCAAUAAGAGGUUUGUCUAGAGUUUCAUUAUAGACUGUAAAACAUAGAUGUUGUCUCUGUGACGUCAGGCGUCUGUCUCAAGGGAGACGCUGCGAGGCCUAAUAAUGACGGUGGUCGCUUUAUUGGAAAUGCUGACUCAACCGUACUUUGAGCAAACUAAGAAAACAGGCAGAAACAGAGGAGGAAAACCUUCAUUCGUUGGACGUUGAGUUUGAACCAAGGAUAUUCAUGAGCGGCUGAUUUCCUCGUGUUUAAGGUGAAAUGAGUAAAGCUAUCACCACCAUCCUUUGGUCCUCCUCGCAGGUUCGAGUCCAAAUGCCUGUACUUGUUGCACAUUCCCCUGGUCGGUCAUAUGCCAUGGCAUCCAGACAACCGAGAUACAACUUCAUCUAAAUUUUCUAGAUCAAAAAAAUCAUCAAACCUCCUCUGUUUACAUCUGAGUACUUGAUCAUUGUGGCUUGAUGGUAACUUGGUCCAGGAGUAGGUAGCAGCACUACAGCAAAUACACAACAUAUAUAUAGUAACAAUCAGCCAGUAAAUAUAGUGAUGAUUUGCAUGGAAAACGACGUUAGUACUCAACGUUAGAAUAGACACACACAUCCCUAGUUUUAACUAUAGUUUCUUGUUUUUCUUCAUCCUUUGUCUGGAACAAUCUGCAAACCAUUUUUUAAUUGUAAAACUUUAGUCAUCUUCAAAACCUCAGUGAAGCCUCUUGAGUCCAGGCUUUCUGUGAGAAAAUGUUUCAGCUGAUUUAGCAGGAAAGUAUGUGAGUCUCAGUCAAAAUAAACUGCAGAUUGUCGAGAGCUAAAGUGCAACAGUGUGACUCACGGAUGUGUCUCUGUAGUUUUUCAAGUGGAGCAGAGCUCAGCGGCAGACAUUAAAUCAGUUAAAAGGAUAUGUCUGAUGUUGUAUUUUGAUUGAGUUUCUCGAGUUGGAAGAUUUGGAGUACAAUGUUUUUUAUUCUUUAAGGUAUUUGGGGUAUUAGAAGUAUUGAGCCACAUAUUUCCAGUGUGAAAUCAGUGCUGUCCUGGUGGAAUCGUUGAGCAACAUCUGGAGGGUCAGUGUGUGCGUUUGAGUGUGGGUGGGAAGAGUGGGGGUUGAACCCACUGAUCGGUCAGUAUGACAGAGCAAGGCUGGAAAGUUUGUGCAGCUCUGUGUGUAUUUGUGUUACUCUGUGUGUGUUAGUGUGUAGGACCAUAUGGAAAGCUUCUGCAGACAGACGGGGGGUAAAAUAGUGAAUUUCACAAGGGAAGCGCCUCAGAGGAGAUCCUUUUUCCAUUUGGCACCCCCUGCUUCUUUCUUUCGUCAUCAUCUAAAGCUUCUGUUCAGCUGUGUCACUAACACACACUCACACGUGCACACUAAUCUCAACAAAGUGACUCCCAGAUAAGGUCUGACUCACAGCGUGAACUUUGACUCGGGAUGUUUUCCACUUUCAUUCGUGCCUCUGCUUUCGUUCUCACCUCUUUUAAUCAGGCGUGAACCAUUAAGGGGACUAAAAAGAGGUCUGUAACCGUGGUGUCAAACAGGAAAGAGAUAUUCAAGUUUGGAGUGUGUUUCCGCUGUGUGUGUGUGUUUUCACAUUUAAAUGCAGAGUGUGUGUGUGUGUGUUUGUGUGUGUAUUCCUGUCCUCGCCUGUGGGUGGAGGGUAAACACUGGCAGCCCUGCUGGUUAUCACGCCUACUGUUUUUCUCCCUCACAUCCUGUUGUUUACAUCCCUUAACCAUCACUCCACCCUGUCACAUUACUGCUUGGAGAAGAGACUCAAAUACACGACUGUUUUAAAGCUCGACUGUAUCUGUUUUAUUUCCAGAGUAAUGAAGUCACUGGUUUUAGCACCCUGCUUUAUUCUUUCUAUCAGAACCAGCAUGAACUUUGUCAGUGAUUUUAGCUCCAGCAGCUCUUCUGUAAGAUCAGACUCCACACAUUACCAACCCCAAGUUGUCUCUGACCCUGUCUAUUCCUUUCUGGUUUACAGUCAUGGACCACUUUUGGUGUGCCAAAGUUCCUCGAGACAUCACUCUCACCCAUUUCUCUUACUUUUAAUCGUUUUUAAAGCCCUCAGUGGUCUUGCCCCUCCUUAUCUGUCCGAGCUCCUGUAUCACCACUCCCCAGCCAGAGCCUUAAGGUCGUCUGGUCAACUACUGUUGAGCGUCCCGAAAACCAGACUCAAGUCUAGAGGUGACAGGGCCUUUUCAGCGGUUGACCCUAGACUGUGGAACAGUUUACAUGGCCAUAUUAGAGCCUCUCAGACCUGAGGGUCUUUUCAAUCAUCUUUAAAGACUCACUUUUUCACCCUUGCUUUUUUUUAAUGAGCACACAGGAAUCAGAAGCACUGUAGCUUUUAUUCUUCUACUGUCUGUAUUUUAUUUUACUGUUUUUAAUUUUAUUUUUUAUUGUUAUCUAUUUAUUUGUUUGACUGCUGUCUUUUAAAGGUGCUUUAUAAAUAAACGUUGACUUGACUUGACUCCCAGUUAGGGCUGGGUGAUAAAACAAUAAUAAUAUCUAUCGAAGAUUAAUUUCCCUCGGUAUCAAUAUAAAACAUGGUAAAUAUUCUUUUCGAUAGUCGGCAUUCUGCCAUGUUUUGGUAGACUAUACUAAGAGCCAAUGAAAAGGGGAGUUGCUCCGGGUUUGCUUUGUGCUGAACCAAUAAUGUGCUGAUUUAGAACCAAGUAGCAAACAACAGCGUAGUAGCAGGCUGCAGCUACAUGCAACCAUAGCGCAAAGGUUACAAACCCAGAGCGGAGCAGGGAGCCCGUGGCGCCUGUGCAGCCGAAACAGCCGACCGUUCAGUCCGCUUCCUCUGGCGAAACGCCUUACGACAAAACAUCUAAGAGACACAAAGACCUCACAGAUGCAGUAGCUUAUUGUAUUGCAAAAGACAUGCUACCAAUAAGCACUGUUAAAUUUCACUUUUUAUAUUGUGAUACAUAUCAAUAUUGACUGAUAUGAAAAAAAUAUAUUGUGAUAAACUUUUUUGCCAUAUUGCACAGCCCUACUCCCAUCCCAUCAACUUCAAAACAAAAUGUUUACCUGCUGUCACUCCUCACUAACAGGCAGCAUUGUACAGAGAUAAGCAACAUGGUUAUUAAACAAUGGCUUGCCACUCACGUGGAAGUGGCACCAUUGACGGAGGAACAUUUGCAUGUCACGUUCAAUAUUCCUUUGAUGUUGAUUUUUUUAAACUGGCAGCACUAAUAAGCAAUACUAUUUACUUCACUCUUAAGUGGUCAUGAUGUUAUGACUGAUAAGAGCUUGAAUAAAUAUAAACAUAACAUCCUGAUGAGCAAAUACACAUCAUCCACUCCUCUACUGCCAAACAGGUGAGCCCAGAUAUGUAGUGGACACACACAACCAUACUUUCCUGUCUUUUCUUUAAUGUCACAAUUCUCAGAUGUUUUGGCGUUGUGAUUGUUUGCUCAGGACGGCAGCACACCUCUCUUUUUAUUGAAAAUCAUUUCUGCAGGUCAAGAGUGAGAUUCAAUGGUCGGGUGACGACGACAGCUUCCUCUGCUCGAUCAAACGGCAAGCAGGUUCAUAUAGUUUAGGCGUAUGUGUGACAAUAAAAACAGAGAGAGUAGUGGCACUGUAAGUUCUUUUUUUUAAAGUGAAAGUUUUGAGCUUCAGCCUCUUUUGUUUGUUGUGAGAAUUUCUUGCUUCUGUAAUUAGAUCCUGAAGAAACAGACAAAAGCGAAUCAUGACGGGAUUUCCCCUUUGGCUGAAAACUUAAGAGAUCUUUGCUGCGUUUCUACAUUCACUGACUGCUACUUCCUGGUGUAUCUGUUUCCUCCUUGAUUAUUGGGAAAUUCUUGUUACUCUAGCUGGGUUUGAUGUCCAGUAUCUGGGUCAGGGGGGCGGGUGAGAGCCACUUCAUUUCCCUUGCGAUGAGGACAUUUCUGUAACGCGAGGUCACUUUGGCUGAGCUUCAGUUUUCUGAGAGGAAUCAGACAUUAUGGAAUAACUGAUGUCAGUAAGACAGAUGUGUGUUUGUGUGCAUCUGCGUGUGAAGAAGACGAGCAGGGAGAGACUGUAAGCAGCUUGUUAGGAAUGACGGUGUGACGCAUAAAGCUGCACCCUGUGAGAGCGCUAACACAGUCCAGACAUGAGGCCUCGAUGCUGGGCUCGCCUCCUGCAGUCUGCCCCCUCGGGAGAUAAGACCCAGAUAGACAAAACCCUCCAAAGCCUGUAAAUUGUCUUGUUAUGCUGAGACACACCGUAUCAAUACUACAGCAAAGACAACAUACCAACAAAUGAUAAGUGGUGCCGCAGUGAUAUACAGUCCUGCUGACUAUCAGAGUUAUCAGAUAUACAGUUUAGCUCAGCUGAAAUGCUGGUUUUAUGGCUUUAGUUGUUUCAAAGAAAUUGGCUCCAGAGCUGCAGCUUUUUUUUUUUGUUGUUUAGAUAAAAAAUAUAUAUUGUGCAAGUUUAAAGAGGCUGUUUUUAUUGGCUUUUCUCCUGUUGGAAAGCAGUGGUAUUUUUGUCAGACUUCUUUGGUUCCCAGGAACUGAGUCGUUUUGGUGAUUCCCCUGACUAUCAGCUCUCAUAAUACAACUGAAAACCAGAAAUACUUAAGGAUAUAUUGCUCCUGCUAACACCUAUUCUAUUUAAAGCACAAGAAAAAAAGAAAGAUUCAUGAUUAAAGACGAUGUAAACAUAUAUCAGAGUUGUUAUAACUCACAUGAAAGUCCAGUUACAACAUGCCCGUCACACUUUUUGCUAUGUUGUCUUCUUUUUCAGUAAACUUCAGAGUGCUAAUAUGUUGAACUCAAGCCUGCAACACUCAAGUUUAUAUCUAAAUACAACUUAUGAAGCAAAUAUGAAAUAGUGAUUAUUGAGUUUAUCACUGACUUAGUGUUAACCUGCUACACGUGACUCAAAUCCUUGAUUUAGCAUAUACAACACUAUUCUUUGGCCUGCUACACUUGAGUUUGAGUCUGUAUAGAUAUUACUGUAUGAUAGCAGGAAAGCUAAUAUGUUCAACUCUAAAAGGCCGCACUAACAUUAUUCUGAUUUGUCAAGACACCUGAAAUUCACAGGCUAACUGAAGUUAUUACACUCUCUUCAACUGUCACCUGCUACACUUAGAUUUGAUGCUACACAUUAAAUAUAAGGCUAACAAAGCAUGCUCACAGGUACAACUCACUCUGAUACUUUUAAUAUGAUGCUAAUGAUAAAUCUGAGUCUGUAAAACACCUACAUUAAGUUAAAAAUAAAGCUCAGCCUGCACACAAAGCAAACAAAAUGGAGUUUCAGCAAAUAGUACAUCAAACUGGAUACCGUAUGGAGUAAAAAGCUUUUUUUUCCAAGUUGUGUUUAUUUUCCUUCACUCACCCAAUUACAGACCUUUACAUUUCCAGCAAGAGGAACAACAAAACCUUUGUAUGUUUUUAAAUCUCAUGGAUUUAACCAUUUUUGUAGGUCAAAACCUGCUUUUAGCCUUACAGGUUCCUAAAUGUGAGUUUCUUGGCUCUGUUGGAUUAAAAAUCUGCUGUUGAAGUUAUUGACGAGUAUACAGAGACAGUGAUUUAGCAUUCACAACUCGUGAAGGAAUCUCAGCCGCUCAGCAGAUGGAGUAUCUACACAUGUACUUCAGCUAAGUGUUAGAACAGCUCACACACAUUGUUAGCAUUCCUGAAGACUUGUUGCUCUCUGGCUUACAGCUGGAGAGGGAUGCACCAGUGUCAGUCAUGAAUACUUAGCAACAACUAGUAUGCAAAUAGUGUACAGUUAUCUUGAAGUGUUCUUGGAAUUUUAACACAGGGAGGUAAUGGGGGGAAUUUAGCUGAGAAGAAGUAAAAGAAUGAAGUUCUUCCUCCAUACCAAAUGACAGUGAGCAACUCUUCUCAACUGAGCUGGAAACUGGAGGAAGAAUGAACAUCCUUCUCGUCAGCGAUACAAGAAAACACGCCAUAGGCAAAUGUAAAGGCCACACAUGUUUGAUGAAGUGAAGUGAAAGUGACAGCAGCUCCUGUUUGAACUUUUUAAAAACAGGAUUUUUGUUGGUAACUCUUGAGUAAUAAGGAUGUCUUAUAUCUUAUAUCUUCCUGCACUGCCUCGGGGCAGACUCGCAGUUUGAAGACCUCAUACAUAAAUAACUCAAAACAUUGUGUAGCUCAUUUGUUUUAUUAAUAACAAGAUCAUAGAUAACAGCGGGCUUGUUUGCUAUCAGAAAGAGGGAAAUCCUGAGCUCUUAAUCUGAGACAGUUUCCACAACAGCCAUUUAUAUUUGAUUUAUUAACUUAAAUAAAACUGUUCAUAAAUCAGCUCAUGAAUUACAGAUUAGUGACUUUGGAAAAACCUUGUUUUCAGCCUCGGUCUGAGUUGCUUCACACCAGUAACUGUCUCUGUCUCUAUUAAAAUAACAAGUUGUGAAAUACGGUCAUAUGUUUUGGGUAGGAACAUCGAGAAAACAAUUGUAAACAGAGCAGGAAUCUCUAUUUGUGAUGUAUUACAAUCAUAAUUCUCUUUUUUAAACAAUUUAUUUAUUUUUCAUAAACAGUAUACAACUUAAAUAACAACAAUAGAACUACAAAUUUCACCCAAACCCGCCCCCCUCCCAGAAGAAACCCCAAAGGCCAACUCUUACCUACAUCCCUAAAAAUAAUAGUAACAAAAUAACGGUAAUAAUAAUAAUGAUAAUAAUAAUCUAAAAGAAAAUAUAACUUUAAAUAAUGAUAAUAAAAAAAUAUAAUUAAAACAACAACAAUAAUAAUAAUAAUAAUAAUAAUAAUAAUGAACAAAUUAGUUGAAAAAUUAAAUAUAUAUAUAUAUAUAUAUAUAUAUAUAUAUAUAUAUUUAAAGUUACAGCAAAAUACAUGCAGCAAAGGUCGAGACAUUGACAAUGGUAAAGCACGGCUACUCCUGCAGAUGAGCUACAACCAACAACCACCACCACACCAUUGACAGUACCCAUCUAGUUAUCUGUGAGAAGUUAUCCAGAUAUAUUUUCAUUAAACUCUUUUGAGGAGUUUUACAAAUUGGCAAUGCCACAAAUUGAGCAAAUCACAUGUAAUUCUCAUUUGACUUUUUAAGACAGGUGACACCUGUGUUUUGCUCUAGUGUCCCUUAUUUUAACUCAAUAUUUGUAUCGAAAAGCAUAAUACCAGAAUUUUUCACUAAGACCUGUAUUACCUUACAUAUGGGUGUAUCAGUGACAUUGCUAGUGGAGCAUACGCAGGGCAAUUACCUGGCGGAUAAAAGGUCAGAUAUCUCUUUAAACUUUAACUCUCGUUAUCAAGUAAUUGAGGGACACGUGUGAGUUAUCUGUAACAGUGAAGUAGAUUUUACGAGUUUACAAUCUUAAUUUGAUUUCGAUUUGCUUCAAGUAGAAUAAACAGACAGAUUACCGGCUGAAUAAUGUCAAAAAGAGAUCAAAUUUGCUUGAUUUGAAAAUUAAAUCUUAAUACUGAAAGUUUGUACAAUUGACAAAAAUGUUAUCUACUUCAUCUUGAUAUGAAAUCAUGUGAUUUUGAAAGCUGUGUAUUCAAUCAGGUUGGAUCAUCAGCUAAACUACACACUGACGAGUCCAGGGCAAGGUACACACACACAUAUUAAUGCACACACACACUGGAGGGAGAUGACCCUUGGGCCUAUGUGUGUCAGGGUUUUUUUUUUCCGGUGUAGUCUUUCACAUCUGGUUUAGCUUUUCAGAGGAGGAAGGUGUUACAUCAUCAAACUUUCCCCCCCCCCCCCCCCCCGUCCUGCAAAGCCGAAGCCCCCCCCCCCGAUCAUUAAGGGUUAAAACAGACACACACAUCCUUCUUUACGGGACAAUUACAGACCUGAGAGGACAUUCCUUCCUUCCCACUCCCACUCCCACCAAUUUAGCUGCUAGCUAGUGACCAACACAGCUGUCCAGAGUUUUACUAACAAGUCUUAUCACCUCCCACUCCCACAGCCUGGUAGCUGCUCUUUUCAGGAACAGGACUAUUGAUCAUUUUACAUUACAAGAGGAUAGAAAAAAAAACCUUUUUCAGACCUGUUAAGUGUCCUUUUGGCGCCCCAUGUUAAGUUUUAUACACACAGUAACUAGCAUUAGAUGCAAAUUACAGUAUUUUGUUUUUGUUUUUUAUUUGUUCUGCUCAUGGCCAUUUUUAAGCAUUUCCAUCAAUACAAAAGGCAAAGGUAGAAGACAAAGCUAAUUUUAUCUGUCUCUCUUUUAAAAUAGAAAUAAACAAUAACUUAAGAUGGUCUGUCCACUUCAGGUUAUUUUCCUAUAACUUAACAAACAAUAUUACAACCACAUAAAAAGAAACAAACAAAAGCAAAGUCAGCGUACCCGUCAAAACGUAUGAAUAUCACAAAAUCAAACUCAUCAGCUUCAUAUUUUAUUAUUUCAUAUUUUAAAAGGUAAUAUUUAAAAGUUUAUUAGAAUAGUAUCAAUCAUUUUAAAAGUAAAAAAUGUGUCUAAAGUAUUUUUAAAUAUUUCAAUGUCAGUGCCAGUUUUUUUAAGUUUAACCAUGACUUAGGUUUAGACUGUAACAUCUCAAGAAUCCACAAAUACAGACCAGUGAAAUUUUACGCCAAUACUUACUAUGACCAGUGGAUUUUUAUAAGCCUUGUUUUUCUUUUAGCAAUAGUAGCUGAAGUUGAUGGCUGCUUCCAUAAUGCUCAACUACCUGGAUGUAAACAACCACAGAUAACAAAGAUGGAGAUAAAGUUGUAGGCUGUGACUAAUGAUGAGUUAGCUACCUGUAAAGAAAAACUUCAAUUUUCAUAUACAUUGUAUUUUAAUGUUCACUCUUGAUAAUGCUGUAAGUCCAUUAAUAUGCUGAUGAUAUUAUACUGUACUUUGGAGGAAGGUUUUAUUCAGCUUGUGCCACAAUGUCAGCAUUUAUGUUUAGCCUAAAGUGGUUAUAAACCUGAUACAAGCAUGGCACUGGUCUCUUUGCCUUCUUUAAUAUGUUGCUCACCACUUUCUCAUCUCACUUCCUGCCUUUUUUCAUUAAAAGAAAACUGUUACUGACCCAGAUUAAAUUCUUCUUUUCAUCAGCAUUUCUCAAAUUUGAUCCGGCUUAGAUGUAAUUAACGUAUAGCUCAACUUCUGAGAGGGUUGUCUGUUUUUGCAUGACACAGGAUUUCUUUGUACCGCGCUGUAGUUUCACAAGAACUUGAGAGAUAUCAUCACUUCGCGUCUCUGCCUUCAUCUUCAGGCUUUGUGGUUUCUUCAUUAAAAGAUUAAGAUCUGCGUUUCAGCGAUGUUCUCUGCAUGUUUCGAUGGUUUUAGACUAAACUGUAUUCUAAAAAAAAAAAAAAAGUGAACAACCUCUUUGUUAUCACCACUGCUCCCACAGCGGACUGAAUGACCUACUGAUUCUCACCCUCCUGCUUAAACUCCCAGUUUUCCCAUUAAGGCUUCAACUCCCCAGGUUCAGUGUCCCAGCUGGAGAGUGUCGAGUUACGGCAGGCCCGAAAUAACACCUCACUGUUGGGCCUGCAAAGACAAAGAGGUUUCUGUUGUGUGUGAUGAGUUACACCAGGCCUGUGACCGAUCCUGCAGCCUGGUCCAUUGCCCUGCAUCACAUUUCUUUCUUGCACACAAACUCACACACAACCACAACCACACACUCCUACGGCAGAAAUGACAGGGAGCAUAUAAACCCUUACUAUGCGUCUUUCAUGUGGUUGUGUUUUCACGAGGGCGGGGUUAAAAGCCCUCCCACUUCCAUUUUUUAAACAAGAUUUGGCUUUAUUUCCUUUCUGCUUUCUCAUCUUGGGUGGAUUAUUUAUUUAUUUAUGUUCAAGUUUCAGAUGACUAAGAGCUUUUCUGCAGUAGAAAGUAGCACAAAUGAGCCAAAGAGAAAAACGGGUGAUGUUAAAGGUCAUAUAAACCACAUUUUGACCCCAAAAAUCUGCCGUAGUGUUUUCUAAAUUAUGGGUUCAGUCUGUAAUUACUCCUCCCUAAGCCCACGCCCUCUCUAUGUUUCACCAAGAUGAUUUUUGUCUUCCCUUCAUCGCCAAAAUUUGACCUGAAUCACCCAUAUACAUUUUCCCUGCUAUGACCUUUAAACAAAAGGAGGGUAGUCCAUUUCCUGUUAAUGUUUACAUCAAGUAUAACAAGUAUUUCACCCAACAAGUAAAUGUUUUUCUAUCAUAAAAGUAGAAAGCCUUUAAACAAGUACCAAAAGAUACUGCAAAUAUACAUAUAUACAAAAGUGUAAAUCUGUAUUCAGUACCACAAAAUGUCUAAUAUGUAUAAAAACUAGUUCACAAGUUUGGUCAUAUCUGGUUUGUAAACAUUCAGAUAUCAGUUUUAGCCUCAAUAUUCUUCCUUAAUAUGCUUUUAAUUCAAAUUUUGCAAACUAAAAACACCAAAGCCAAACGUUUUAUUGAUCUUGCUGAUGUUAGCUCACUGGAUAACUAGUUUGUCGACAAUAGUUGAAGUAAAAUUUGUUUUUUUAUCAUUUUCUUCAAAUAAUUUACAAAGAUACGUUAUGUAACACUUAACCAGACAUUUAAUCUGUACAAUAAAUAAUCUCUGGCUGCCUUUUUUUAAAUUAAUGGUAGCUUGUUGGCUAGUUUACCUUCAUUUGUAUUUAUAUGUUGUCAUAAAAACUAAAGGAUUUCAAAAUUUUGUAUUAAUUUAUCAUAAUGUUGGGAGAAUUUAAUGAAGAGGCAUUUAUAUAUGACUUCUUUCCUAUGGAUAUAUUUUGAAGAGGUUAACAGUGAAGAGUGGUUUUCCACAGUGCCGUAAUUUUGAACUUUGAUACAAUGCAAGUAAAAUUCUAAUAUGGAUCCCUGUUACGAUACAUGGCAGUAACAGAUACAUUCCUGGGAGUCUACAAUUUUAUCUUCUUUUAUACUAAACAGCAAAUGGUAGAAGUCAUUAAAAGUAGACUAAUGUCUGAAAAACUCAUUAGUAACUUCUCAUUUUCUGUUUCACUUCUUUGUUUCCAUUGGUCGUACUCACUCUCUCCGCUUUAUUCAAUGUAACUCGACCACCACUGUUCUCUUUCUUUUGUUUGCCACAGCUGUGGAUUGAAAUCACGACUAUAGAUCUGUCUUUUUCAUGAGAUACUGUGGUUUUAAAAUUAAGGUUUUACAGAUUAUGUUGAAGGUAUCUAAAAUCUAAACAACCCCACGGCAAAGCUGCAACUCUUUAACCAAGAUAAAACUUAGGUUUGUGAUGCUGAAAUGUCCUUAAUUUAGUUUUUUAAGCUUUAGCCCGACUCCCUCAUACUCCAUGUUUAAUAGGCCUAUUUUUGUACAUUUUUCCUUUUGACCUACAUUGCAAGAACAACCUGUACUUUAUCAGCAUGAGCAGACAUUAUAAUUACUAUCACCAUCAUCAUCACAACAGUUUGUAUUUUAAAUGAAAGUAUGGUAACUAGGAGAUGCUUCAGCUGAGAACCACUUUAACGGUUUGCCCUUAAUGUAAUGGGUUUUGGCACGUGCGCACACACACACAUUAGGCAUUUAGACACACACACACAUGCAGAUGUCAUGGCUUUUUCACGCUGAUCGUUUUAAAAGAUGGAAAUGGACCCAUUCUUGGAUAAAUGUGUAAAUAUUUGGCUUUCUCCCUUGGAUAAAUUCACAGUAUGCUGUCAGUGUUUGCAUUACUCACACACAGACACACACACACACACACACACACACACACUCACUCGCACAUUAAAAGAGGCCAGAAAGCGGGCCUUUUAGGGCAGCAUAAGGUGGCAGGAGUGUGCUUUGUGUUUAUAGAGUGAGGAGGUCAUUUCACAGUAUGAAUGUGUGUGAGUGUGGAGGAGAAAGAGGGAGGAAGAAAAGUCAAGAAGUCGAGUCCUCUGUCUCUCCAGGUCUGUAAUUUGAGACACAUGCUUGGCAUUCGUCCUUGCACCCUCCUUCUGUUUCCUCCAUCUUGAUUUUACUCUCUACUCUCAUUUUUUAUACGACAUAACUGAAAAAAAAAUGUCUUAAUUCAACAUUCUCAUCUCUCUUUUCUUUCUUUCUCUUCUGAGUUUAUAAAGUUACAGUUUCAUCUGUACUUAAUUUGAAAUGUUUAUUCGCUUCUGAUUGGCUGAGCACAGGAUGUUCUGACACUGCUGACAUUCUAUUGGACGGAUCCCCUGAAUUCUGCCCGGUAACAAAACUUUGAUAGUUAAAGAAAUAUUAUGGCAUUCUUCUUUUGGGGUGUAGAGUUGAAGCAAGGACAGGGCUGGAUUUAAUUUGAUGUUUUUAUGUGAAUGUCACACAUUCCUGAUUUAAAAUGAGACCCACUGGGAAAACUUAACUUUUAUUUAAGUGGAUUUUAAUUUCUGUUUAUGAUUGUAUUGAGUAAGAAGAUAGUGGCUUAUAAGUAGACAGAGAACUAGUCUGUCAUUGUGUGGCAAUGUGUUUGUGGCAGAUAAGUCGAUGGGUUUCAUGACACAGGGGAAACAUGAAGUGAAACUAAUGAAUGAGGUUUUUGACACUAAGGAAGAAAAACUUGAAUACAUGAUAUAUGAUUCAUACCAUAUUCACUCAAGCUUAAAUGAUACGUCAUAUAACAGAGCUUAAGUUACUGUCGCUCAUCAAUAAAGUGACUAUUUUGUCAACAUUUAGCAAGACAUUGAACUGCCUGGUGUAGGGGAAGUUUGUGAAACUUGAAAUGUUUUGCGGUUGGCCUGGAGAAUCAAGCGUACACAUUUCACCACAACAAUAAACAACAGACGUGUGAAAUUUGAGCUUUUGUGUCACACUACAUGUACCAAUGAAAUUACAUACCUUAUACUCUUUUUCAGACUCUUUUCUUACUGUAAAACUCUUGCUGUUGUUUGUUAUUACAAUUCUACAUGUUGACUUGAAGAAAGUAGUACCCCUCUGUCUUCUUCUCAAAUAAUAUCCAUGUUAAUAAGGCCGAUGUUAGCACCAUCGUUUCUAAAUAAUGCCAUGAUUCUCCCAUCCUAAAUGUCAGCAUAUUAAAUCUGAAUCUGCAGCUUAGUUGGUGAUAAAAUUCUCAGAAAUUGCAGCCUCGUGUGAAGAUUUAUGAGGUGGUUGAUGAUUGUGUAAAAGCUUGAAAAGUCCCCACCAUACAGAAGACAUACAGAAAUACAGCUGUAUGAACUACACACAGACACACGGAGGAGAUGUAUGUCAGUAUGUUAUCAUCACAUCACCAAGGGGUUUUUGCUUUGACUGCCUUUUGUUUACGUUCGUCACAACACCUGACAUGGAGGCAGAUCUGAACGCUGGCGGUCCGCUUGUUGAGAGAUUUGAGAGAAAGAUUGAAAGGAAGGAAAGAGGAAUGUAUGUGGAGGAAUGUCGUGAAGGAGGAGGAGAGACGAUGGGGGGGAUGACAGAGGAGAUACGGAGUGUCUGUCUUCUCGGGAAAUGUAUCACCACACUGACAAUCACACAGAAAUAGAGCAGUAGAUUUGAGUCUGAUUGUUUGUGGUGAAAAGCAAUUUUACAGGUUUUUAAUUGGUUUCUUUAUUUUCCCCUCGGGGGAGCGUGUGCAGAGGGAACUUCAAGGAAAGGUGGCAAUAAAAGAUUCAGCAGCUUCUGAUUACAGGCGAGCUGUCGCAGAUGCUUCGUGAUUUCCUAUAAUUAUAUGUCUGUCUCCUCUAGGAUGGGAUUUAAUUGAUAUUUUACACUUCUGUUUAAAUGAUAUUUAUUUAUUUUCUUUUCUUUUGCAGCACUUCUCUGAGCUCCUCGACGACCUCUCCCAGGAUGCUUUGCUGGGCCAGCUGCUCAAUGACCCCUUUCUGUCUGGAGUGAGAGGCGGCGUUGAGGCCAUGGAAGGGGAGGACGGCGGGGACCUGUCCCCUUCGUCCCCUCUCCCCCCUCACAUCACAGCUGAGCACAGCUACUCGCUCUGCGGGGACAGCCGACCACAGUCGCCACUGUCACACCUGACCGGCGAGCACGGCAGCGAAGCAGGUCUGACUUUGUCAAUUUUUAAACAGAGCUUUUAAACUCAGCCUUAUCCUAAAUAUGAGAAGAGCAGUUUGCUGUUAAAGGGAUAUUCCAGCGUAAAAUUAAUUUAGGGUCAAACACAACGUAACACCGAGUUAGACACCCCCUCGAGAGAUGAAUGUUGCCGACCGCUUGCUUCUCUAGUGAUACCAACUUUAGUAACGACGACACGAUAGCAAUACACAGCAGUCUUAGGAGCCAUAAACAAACCUUAACCAAAACGCCACUCUAUAGCCACAAAUAAUGCUCAGAACAGCACCUAACUUCAUCAACAGUACAUAUAGGGUCCUAGCCAUAGCACUAGCCACCAAACAUCUUUUUAGCUUUACCUGAUUUCUUUAGCAAAGAGACUAAACACAACUCACACACUCUCUUCCAGCAGCUGCUUGUUUGUAGCAAGACCUCAGGGGAGUCCAUCGACUGCAAUGGGGUGACACAGCUCAAGGGAGAACAUUUAUGAUCACUUCUUCAUGGAAAUGCAAUCAGACUGAGACGCUAAGACAGAAGAACUACCGCGUCUGCAGAGCAAAAGGAUUAAUAUGGUGAUUAUUAUGAUCAUAAAUGUUCUUCCUUGAGCUGUGGCCCCCCGCCUCAGUCGAUGAUGGACUGGUCAAGGUUUCCCAUAUAUAUCCCUUUAAUAAAUGGUUGGUAACCAUAAGAAAGCGGCACCUUUGGGUUGCCAGAUUGAAAAUCUGUCUCUGAAUGUCCUCCAUGAAUUGGUUUAGUUUGGAGAAAAAUGUCCCAGCUGUUUUAUCAUGAAGCCAAAUGCUAAACUGAGAAAGUGGACACAGGUCCUAAUGCAUCUACAAGUUACUUUGACUCAACAACAAAAAACAGCUGAUGAUGAAGGAGUUUAUGAGCAUAGGAUGAUUAAUCAAAGCUGAAUUGCAUGGGUUGAGUUUAUAAAAUGCUGCUAGUUUAAACAAGGCUGUCAGUGGACACGGGCCCUUAUGCAUCUACAAGUUGCUUUGCCAUCUGCCAAUGUACACAAAAGGAGAAAAAGACAAAAAAAACUCCUUCAAGAAAGAAGAAUGCAGCGUUUUAGUUUUCUUUGAGACCUGUUCUGCUAUUCAUUUCCUUUGCAUCAUAAAUCAGGUGGUUCAGCCAACCAUUAAAUUCCACCUCAUGUUCUGGUUGGCUAAUACUUUAUUAAUCAGAUUGUCAUACUGCUUGAAUUUUAGGCUGCCCUUGAUCUAUCAGAAUUCAUCCUUAAUGUUGGUUCAGCUGGUUUGCAUGAGAUCGAACUGGUUUAACUUAAUUCACCUAACUGGACUGGCAAAACUGGUAAUCAACCAAACCCUGUCCUCUGGUGUAACACUAACAGACUGAGUAAACUGUAAAUGUUAUUAUGUUGUUUGAAUGUUGUGUCUGUGAGAAAGAGUUUUUAUUCUACCGAUGGCUGCAGGUGAUCUCUAAGUUAGUUAUUUGUACACGUGUUUUGGGUGAAAUGAUGGAGACAUAUUACAGAUGUUGACCGUUUCAUGACCUUCACUUUAAUAAAUACGUUAUUUUUAAAAUCACUCUGACGUGUUUUCUUCUUGUGCGGCAGAAUCUGACGGGGACUCAGCUGAGUUUCCCAUGGAGCAGGAGGAGACCAUCGACAGCCUCCUGUGUGAGACCCCCUCCCUCCUCCCCACCCUUUCACUCUCUCUGACCACAGCAGGACCCACAGCUCCUGAGGGCCCCACUGUAGCCCCUGCUGCUGCUGCUGCUGCUGCUCCUGCUGCUGCCGCCGCUGCCCCCACCCCAACUCAGCCCACAGUGAACAGCAACAACCUGGGCAAAGGCAUCAAGGUGAGGAAUCAGGAGUUAAUGUUGUAAACUCUUAUCUUUGGUGAGUUUGUAUCGUGUUUGUAACCCCGUCUUUAAUCUCUUUCUCCGUCUACAGAUUAAGGAGGAGAACAUCAUCCCACAGAUUAAACUGGAGCCUCAUGAAGUCGACCAGUUUCUCAAUCUGUCACCCAAAGGUCAGUAACUUUCUUUGUGUUCAAGCUUGUUAAGUUAUCUGAUGCAACAAGGCCCCCUACAGGCCGUUUGAUCAAAGAGUGCUCAGACUGGAGUUGGUAAAAAGUUUGAAAUCCAGUCACUGAAUGAGAAAGAAGAGAAAAACAGCUAGAUUACACGAGUAUUUUCAUUUCCUUUAAGACUCAAAUAUUAAGAUUAAAUCAGAUUAUUAAUAUUGAAUCAUACAGUUACCAAGUUUGGAGUAUCCAGCAGCAUUGCUAACCUUUCAACCAUCAUGUUCCAGGUCUGGAGUCUCUGCAGAUGCCUCCAACUCCUCCCAGCUCCCACGGCAGUGACUCAGAGGGCAGCCAGAGCCCCGUUCACGCCCCGCCUGGUCUCUCCUGCCCCACAUCCCCCACCAGCCCUGCCCCGUCACAGCCCAGCCUGAAGGUGUCACCUCGGGCCGCUUCAUGUCUCUCCAACUCCCCGCUGCUUACAGCUCCUCACGUGAGUACCAAACUGUAAACUGUCCAGUUAGCUGUUCAAUGCUUUUUUGUCACACACAGAAAUCUAGCAAAUGAACAUGGCAGUAAAAGAGUUAGACAAGGUUUUAUCUUGGUAACUUGAUGCUAGAUUUUGAAAGGCUUGUGAAAUCCAGUUAUAAAAUAUUGUGGAUAAGCAAAGUCUGGUGUAACUAGCUUCUGAUGUCCUCAAAAAUUCGUCUCUAAUACCAAAAAACAGAAUUCUUAACCAUCCAGAAGAUUACAUUUCUGUAACUAAGUCUUUUUCUGACAGGAGACCCCCUUAAAAGUAUUAUUUAAAAAUGUUUUAUUCUACUUUUUUCCUGCAAACUCAUUUUAUUUUUAUUUUUUUUUUGUAUUCUGUAGAAGCUGCAGGGGUCAGGCCCACUGAUCUUGACCGAAGAGGAGCGCCGCACGCUGGUGGCUGAAGGUUACCCGGUCCCCACCAAACUGCCCCUCACCAAAGCCGAGGAGAAGGCACUGAAGAAGAUCCGCAGGAAGAUUAAAAACAAGGUACAAGUCUUGAUCGAACUCUGCUGCACAGAAAAUCACACAUACAGUAGACUUUGGUGCACAUUUCUCUUGAUAUUUACUGCUUGUUUUUCCCUGUGUUUUUGUUUGUGUGUGUUAGAUUUCAGCUCAGGAGAGUCGCAGGAAGAAGAAAGAGUACAUGGACACUCUGGAGAAGAAGUAAGCCGUCCUCCUUCUCUUUAUUAAUUUAUAACCAAGAGACCCGUCUUUGAACCUUUUUACAACUUUACCCCAAAUUUUAAAGCUCCUGUGAGGAACUUUUGGAUAAAGUUUUGCUUUCCUCCUGUGGACAAAGCAGUCUUUGCUUAUCUUCUAAUUCACAUGCUUAAGUAGAAGCUCCACAGAAACACUUUUUGCUUGUACGAACCCUAAAACACAGCCCAUGUCUCCCUGAAUUCCUGCGAUCGGAGCAAAUCUAUGACCCCAGAGAAAGAAUUGUGUUGCUCUGUUCUGCAUAGUAUCAGUAUUUUUAGAGUCUUUUAAAUCCCACACCCCUGCAGCAUAGCUCAGUAUUGGUGAUACACAUGCAUAAUAAUGUUGAGUGGAGGCAGAACAUCCAAGAUCUUCCUGGACUUUAAGUUUGUUAAUAAUGGUUCCCAAAGCUCUACCACAAGACACCCAAUUCCCUCCUAGAAAUAAACCCAAAUAUAAUGUGGUCUUUGGUCUUUUUGUGCUUCUUCUCAUACCUUUCCUGUAUAUAACCAACCCUGCUGUACCCCUUUCUGUCCACAGGGUGGAGACCUGCUCCAAUGAAAACCACGAGCUGCGCAGGAAAGUGGAAACCCUGGAGUGUAACAACAAGUAAGAACAAUGUACACAACAAAAAUAAAGAGAAAUAUAUCCAAUAAAGAUUUAAUUUUGUCUCUAAGACCUUUAGAUUGAAGGCAGCGAAGAGAGAGGAAGGUUUAUUAAAAGCUGGAACAACUAACAUGUAUUUUUUCAGCAACAAAUGCGUUAACAAAAGGCACAAAGCAGCUUUUUUCUUGAUAAAACAGGGUCCAUUUUUCUUAGUUCUGUGUAGGAAGCAUCCUCAGGUCUGCCCUCCAAGUCUUUUUAAGUAUAAUUAGUGGUGCCAUCAUUAUUUAUAACCGUGGAAAGAAAAGAGCUGAUGAGUCAACUGUCAGUUACUGGUGUUGAAUUUGACUGCCUGUCUGUCACUCCGAUUCAAAGCUGAGCACAAUCAAAACAAGCACCAGGAAAUGAAAGGAGGGAUGAUUCAGAGCUGAACAUCCUUCUGAAGAAGACGAGGAAACACCCUCAUCGUUAUUUCAGAAAAAAGGGAAAAUAUUAGCUGUCACUUAAAGAUGUCAGGGACUGGUUUUAAAGUGUUAGACUGAAACAGGUUAGCAGAGACACAGAGUUAAAAAACAAAGAAUCCAAAGCUCCCCUGAUGCUUCUUUGCAGUCCUGCAUAAUCAUGAGGCUAUUUUGAUGUAAAGUGCUCAAGCUGCUUCAACCAGACCAUGUUUGCCCACGUUACGCAUGGAUGACUGCGUGUGUGUGUUUGUGUUUGUAACAUCCUCUGAGUGAACUGUGUCAGUGUGGCUGGAGCACAGCUGUUCCAGGUCUUAUUUUCCACCCAGUAGCUUCAUCGUCACUGUCUGAAAGUUAAAUGAGCCAGUCGUAUUUAUGUGACUCUGUAUGUGUGUGUGAGUGUGUUGAUUCUGGUGCAUUUGGAUAGCGUGCAUGUGUUGUUGUGGGACUUUAGCUGCUGAUUUAAUGAGACCAACAGCAGGCGAGUGGCGAGUAAGAAACAUACAUACUAGAUGAGCGAAAUCACGCUUGCUGUGGUUUACUGUAUUGACAUUUUUGUAUUAAUAACAGCAAUAAACCAACAAGAGGAACUGAUUUGGUUUGCACAAGCCCGCUUCACACCAGUCGAAAAAUCAAAUGACUGAUCCCGACAGAAUUUACUUCAUCAACUUGAGGAGUACUCACAGCAUAAAAAGGAUGGGUGUGGUGGAAAAUGAGUCCAAAUAUGAAACCUUAAAGCUUCCUGGGGGGAAAAUAACCAGAUAACUGCAUCACCACAUAAAAAUCUACCGUAGUUUCUGUGAUGUCAGCCGUUAGUUUCCAGAGAGGCGUUUUGUAGCCAAAGAUAGCAGUCGCCAUUUUAGAAAUAUUGACUCACGCUAACUUUCGGUCAAGCCACUCACUUGCAAAUAGGUGGAGCCUCCUUAACUACUGCAUGACUUUCACCUGAGGCCUAUUACAGAGAUUCGAUAUCACUAUACAUUAGUGCCUACACAUUGGUCCCCAGAGUGUGAUUUCUCAUCACAUCACGGCGUUGCGGUAGCCUGCUGUCACCAGAUUAGUUCACCCUGGUUAGUGGGUCUGGAAUCAUUGUCUGUGCAGAUGUUUAGUCCUUUUUAAAUGAAAAUAAAACCUGAUUUGUUUAAAACAGCUGCCCAAGUGGAUUAGACACACUUCUCAGUGGUGGAAGAUACUAGUUUAUGAAUAUCUGCCACCGAUGGAUAUCUGGCUGAGGGGUCUGGCAUAGCAGGGACACAUGGCUCGUAAACACCCAUAUAUUGCUAUAAUUAUUAUGAUGAUUAAUAUUAUUAUAUAAUAUUAUGAUAUACAGUACAUUUAAAUCAUUAGUGUAGGAGAAGGGCUGGAACUAGAUUAGUCUCGACUUCUUCCCACUCCUUUUUGAAUAUGGAUAACUUUUUGUCAUUUGUUGUUGUAUUCUUUACUGUAUAAUUAUUAGUAUUAAUAUUUGUAUAUGUUCAAAAUAAACUUCAAUCAAUCAAUCAAUCAAUCAAUCAAAAACCAGACCAGGAGUACCACAUACGUACAAAAACAUUUAACCAGGUGUACACAUAGAGAACUGUUCUGCCCUGCCUGCUCCCCCCUCCAGGUCUACAUCUGUAAGCUCUGAGGAUUGUGUUUGGGUUUGUUAAAGUGUGUGUACUGUUGAUUGUCUAACCUUUGGGUGUGUGUUUGUGUUUAUCUCCAGGUCUCUGCUGCAGCAGCUGCAGUCUCUGCAGGCGAUGGUGGCCGGCAAAGUCUCCAAAUCCUGCAGGGUAGCUGGUACCCAGACCUCCUCAUGCCUAAUGGUACUACAGUGUGUGUGGGCGUGCGUGCGUGUGUGUGUGUGUGUGUGUGUGUGUGUGUGUGUGUGUGUGUGUGUGUGUGUGUGUGUGUGUUUGUGUGUGUGUGUUUUGGGUGAUUUAAAUAUUGAAUUGGAAACAUCUGCUUCCAUCAUUCAUUAGCUGCUUAGCAAUGAUUCAUAAUUUAUUUACCACCCCUCUCUCACAUCCCCCUCUCUCUCUCUCUCACUCUCUUGUAUCCGCCCUCUCUCUCUGCAGGUGGUCGUGUUGUGUUUUGCUCUUUUUUUGGGGAGUUUCUACCCCAGCAGUUUGACUCCAGGCUCCACCAUCACUGAAACCGGCCUCACAUCCAAACAGCUGGGAGUCCAAGACUCAUACACAGCAACAGGUAUCUAUAUUCAUCUAAACUUUAAAUACAAACUCUAGAUAUAAGGAGUUCACAAAAGAUGUUUACACUGACAGGACUUCUGAUGGUGUGUCUGAUGAGAUAGAUUUACUAUUUUGCCAAUUAUCUGUUGACUGUUUUCCAAAAUGUAAAGCACCUUAGACAUGCCCAGAAUGUUUGCACCAGGAUAGCUUGAGCCUGCCUGCAGUGAUAACAUGUGGAGAAUCUAGGACUUUUAUGUUUCUGCCAAUGUCACAUGGGACUGCAUUCACCAAUGAGCACUCUUGUGAAAACCUGCAUAUUUAAAACCAAUUUUUCCAUGCAAAUAUCCGUUAACAAUUGUCUUUCCCGAUAAAAUAAACACACAAAAUAAAUAAAUAAACAAAUGAAAAAAUAAGAAUAAUAAGUGUUGCCCAAGCUAUCAGGAAACAUAGGUUUCAGAUACAGUUGAAAUGAGUGUCCUUCUUAACAUUAGUAAAGUCAAAUCUAAGAUAAACAACAAAAAAGAUUUAAUUUGUAUGAAUUUUUAGCUGUGAGUCUAUUCUGCAGUCAGUCAGUAGGGGGAGCUCUAAACGUUUUGGCAUCACUCAGGAGAACUGUCGUUCUGUCUGUUAUUUGCUGUUUUGUCCAUGACAGUACACACAUUAAGAUACUAGUUACACUGAAAUGGUGGUGAGAGUCCCUUUAAAACAGUCUCACCUGUUUGCACCGUAAUUAUGAAUGAUUAGCUCUCGGUACUAAAACUACGGAGGUCUCCACUAAUCAGAUUCCACCCACAGCCAAAGCUUCACUGACUGAUUAGAGGAGCUGACCUUUCAACACACCCUUUCUACUAACCUCCCACACACACACGCAAUUACACACACAACUCAGUAAUUGAGGCGAGAUAUAAUUUUCCUAACAAUCAAAUCAGUUUCCAUCACUAUCCUGCCCACACACACACACUUACACACACAAAAACACACUCUUAAACAGACAGGCUGAACUAUGUCAAUAAAAAACGGGUACAAACAUGUGGACCAAAGUGAGCUAUUGUUGAGUUUGACAAGUUUUAGGAACUUUUGUUGUCCUGGAUAAAGUGCAAAAUAAUAAAAUCACAUAGGUGCAUAAAAUAAACUGAAUUUUUUUUUUGCUUCACAGUCAAGUCCAGGAGUCUGUUAUCAAUCAUGGAGGACGAGCAGCCUCACCUCCUCGGCUUGGGCGGGGAAUAUCCCGACCAAUUGGAGGACACGCCAGCCAUCGUCAUGGCAGCGUGGCGUCGCUCAGAACAGCAGAAGUUGGCGGUGGAGCCAAACAGAGUGGAGACACAUCCGCCUUUCAGGAGUAAAAACAACGAUACGCAGACAUCGAAAAACCUGCUGCUGGAUAUGCACAGGUAAAUAUUCACGAUGAUAAAUAUGCAGAUGGAGAAACUGAAUGUACAGGACGAACUUUGCAAAAAGUGAAAGGUUCCACUUUUAUCCACCAAAACCGCUCCAUGUCGUGUAUUUCAGUCACAACUUCCAGUCAUUCGUCUUUUGUUGUUGGUUAUACUUUGAACCAUCUACUCAUAAUAACUGUAAUUUUUUGGACGUUUAAAGCCGGCUUCCCCCUCAUGUCAGCGAAGAGAGUACAUGAUAAUUUCAGGUGUGAUGUAUCAUUCAGGGUUUGAGGGUGAACACAGUCUAAUCUGGAAGCAGAUACUAUCUGUUCUGCCAGGUAGGGAAGAGAUCUGAGUCAUAACUGAUGAUUUGAACGCAUCAUUUUAAGGUGAAUCCCAGAAAAAUUUUAAACACCACUGAAAUAUUAGCCACAGAUUUUGCAGUAUUUUAACUUUUACUUAUGUCAUUCCAGCACAAUCUGGUGAUUUUGAUUUUAGGAUUACUGUAGAAAUUAAAACAUUUGUCUGAGUGACAUUGAUCAAUAUAUCAGUUAUUCAUAUAAGUCCUUAAAGCCCCUGUGAGGCAUUUUUUGACAUUGAUGAAACACACCUUAUAUGCGAUUUACAAAAAGCGAACAAAACCAUGAGGGACAAGAUUUUUUUAUUUAAUCAAUUUUAGAGCCUGAACCUGAUGUGAGGGGUUGUGGUGUCGGCAAAGCAGCUUAGGAAACAGUCCUGAAAAAAUCAUACUAAAUGAUCAAUUUGACUGUUAAAAGCCAGAUGGAUGAACGUCUUAAGCGUGUAGAGGACAAGAUAAGAAAAAGACUACUUUGUCUACGGGGCCGCCAAAACUGACACAAAUUAAAAGUUCCUUACGUGAGCUUUAAAGUAACCUAAAACUGCGGUUAUUGUGGAAAUAAAGCGGAGAAGUAAGGAUAAUAUUUGCCAUGGAAAUGCAGUGGAGUGGGAGAAUGAAAGUGCUAGAAAUAGAAAGAUUUGAGUCAAAUAAAAACCCUUUAAAAUUGUACCUGGAAACUUACGCCCAGUCUGGGAACCACAUCCUGUUUCUUUAAUAGUAGAGAGUCCAUUCAAAGAGUCAUGAAGGUACAAAAAACCCACUAAUGAGAUACAAUCUAAACAGAAGUAUUGCAAACUAUUCCACAAACAGCUCUUUUACACUAUAGUCAUAUAUUCAUGUUGUCUGAUCCUCUGUCAUCUUUGCCUCUCAGGUCUCUGGAGCAGCGGGCGAAUGAGAGCAGAAGUAAAGUGAUAGAGCUGGAGCGGACUGUCAAUGAGACCUCCUGAGGUCCAUGUCAACACCUCCCUCCCCCCCUUUAAACCCAAUCAUGACCUCCUCCCUCCUCUCUAGAGCAUGGUUCAGUGUCCUGGAGCAAACCUCAUACAGUAGUCCCCACUGCUGAUCAUUUAAGGUCAUUCUUUGCUUAAUCAGAUACACUGUAAUAGUAGUAAUUAAAAUAUAAAUGAUAAUAACUAAAGGGCACUGGUUGCCUUUAUUUCUGAAGUAAAGUUGCACUGAGUAGUUUUUACAUGAGUUAAAUUCUCAGCUGUAUCUGUUGUCCUAAUUGACGUGAUGUAAAACACUGUUAUGCAAACAGAUCAACUCAAAAACACCAAGUUAAAAAUGUAGCGUGUCGUUUAUUCCAAUGGAGAUUAAAUUAAAAAUAUGACAUGUGAGGCUUUUUACAGGACACUGACGGAGAACCUUUGUAUUUAUAGAAACUUUUUCUGUUUUUCAUAAAAAUAUUGCUCUUUGUAGUUUGUAUUUCUUUUAAUGUUAAAUGUUUUUAUUUCAUUCCAGUGAUGGAAACAUGCCAUUUUGAUAUUCUUUCAUGUUCAUAUUGUAUUUUUAUUUUAUUAUACUCUUUUAUAUGUUGUACAUUUGUUCUUCAUCUGAGGGAUUAGCUUUGGGUACCUGUGUUUAUCUCUGAGAUUAUGACCCUGACACCCUAACGCCACAUUUGGGAUGUUUAUACUCAGAUCUGUGAUAUUCUCACGACGAGUACUGACUGAAAUGGAACAUUUUUGUAUUUUCAGACAACAAGUUUGACUUUUUUUUCCACAAAUGUUUAUGUUUGACAUGUGGGGACCCUGCUAGCUAUGCCUCAUAAAUAUUUUUUAAUUUUUUUCUGUAUGACCGUCGCUUCUGCUGAAGUUUUGCUUUGGCCUUAUAAGCUUCUUAAAGGGCUACAUCUUCAGGAUUAGGUUGUUCGUGCUUCACCUUAAUUUAGCCAUUAUUUAUCACAGAAUAUAGUGUUGGUUUAAAUAAGUUGGACCUUGUUAAACUUGAACAAGAGGGUUAACUCUCAUGUUAAGGCUGCUGCUAGCAUCUUGGUCAAACAAGCUAGCUUGGUUAGAUCACCUACCAGCAACUCCAAAACUCUGAAAUUAGCAAGAUUAUAUUGUCAGUGAGUGAAAUUUGAGUAAACUUGGAGGUGCGAGUAGAUCAGUGAAAUAAGUUAGAGCCAGGCUAGCUUUUGUUUUUACCUGGCAUCACUGUGUUUAGCCUAGCUUGGUUAGCCAGGGCUUGCUAGCAGCAGCUUUUUCAUACACCUGCAGUGGUAAGAAAGCAAAGCUAUUAUUAAUAUUAUCCCUAAGUGUCCACAUUUGUCUCCUUAAAUGGUUUAAGUUAACUUCCUGCACUGACUUUAAUGCUUUUGCCUUAAACACAUUUUUACUGUCAGCUAAAAAAAAGCAUCUUUCUGCUUCUCUCAGCAUUUGCCAAAAACAUUUCUUCUCCUGGAAAUGACAAAGUUUCUAUUUUUGUAAAUAUUAGUUGAUAAUAAGUGAGGAAGUUUAAGUGAGUACGGGAACCUGAUCUAUAAUUCAUCACGAGUCUAUUUUGGGAGCUGAUGAUGAUGAAUUAUAAACGUUAUGAUGUUUUUUCCCUUCUCUUUCAUUUGGUUUUAAUUUGUAUAUUUCACAUCAUGGCUUUAUAAGUCUUACUUGUCCAUUUCAAAUGUUCAGCAGUCGGGGUUCAAAAAUAUCUGUGCUUCUUGAAAUAUAUUUUUUCAUGUGUUUUACAGACAUGAGGCCGAUUAUCUUUUUGUAUAUAAAACCAGAAACAUCCAAUCGAUUCAAUACCCGCCGUCACGUUAAAGAUAUUUAUUCAGAUAGUUUCAAGAAAUAAUGGAAGAUUAUUUAGGUAAGAUUAAUGAGAAAUUGUAUUUUACAAGAAAAUAUGACAGAGCUAUUUCCCAAUCAUGUUUAGAGACUACAAUACUAUAUUUGUGUAUCUAGGUCUCAUAUUUUAAGCUUUGUGGAUCAGCGGCGAGAUCAUCAAAGAUUUUUUUUAUGUUGAUGUACGUAGCUACAUUCGUUUCUGUUGACUCUUUACAUAGGUAACGCUGGCACGCUUAUUUUUAUGUUUUUCUCUUCUAGUUGUGACCAAAACUAGUUGCCAGUUGAGAGAGAAAGUUUUUUUUUUCUGAACCAGAUUUCAUUUCUGUGUCGCUUCUUUAUAAAGCCACCCUGACUCUGGCUUCCUGUCUUUUUGCUUUCAAAUAAAUAAAGUAUUUUCCUUAGUAAAAGCAUA